UUUUUUUAUGGGGUAGGGAUGUCACCAAGGUAUAAAGUCAUACGUCUCAUUGUUUGACGGCACAGUACAAGUUCAGCUUAUACAAAACUGUACAAAAUAUCAAGAUGCAUUACUCCGUAUUUGCGAUUGCCGCUCUAUGCUGUCUGGCUGUCUACGCCACGGCGGAAGAUGCUACUCAACAACAACAGCAAGUACUUCCGGCGUUAGAAUCAUUGCCACAGGAAGGAGCUGAGCUAACAAGAGAUAAGAGAACAUUGUUCCUGAAGAAGAAGCUGCUUGGUGCUGGUCUUCUUGGUUUUGGUUUAGGAGUCGCUAAAGGCUACAAGUUUGGUAGCUACCAUAGCUCUCCUGAGGUUCAUCACGUGUACCUGUCUCCACCUCCACCACCAGUCAAGUACGUCGAGUACGUGGAGAAACCAGUGUUCGUCGAGAGAAUCGUCGAGAAGCCAAUUUACAAGUCAGCGCACGUAGAAUAUGAACCAGCCUGGUCUCAGCCAGAUCCAUCACCAGUUUAUGGACAGUGGUAAAUUGUCUGAGCUCAUCAUUGAGGAUCUAGGAGCUUCUUCGCUGCAUCAUCAUCAUCAUCAUCAGCAGCAACAACAAAAUUGCCUCUUACGCCUAGCACGAGGCUUUAAAUAGUUGUUACAUAAAGGAUGUACUGUUACCACUGUUGUUAUGCAUUUUGUAAAAUAAAAAGCGCUUUAUAUUUAAA